AUGGCGGCCGCAGUCUACCCCGACCGGCCCAUCAGACCCCUCNCCAAGAACCGCCUACGAGAACAGCUGUCGCCCGAACAGCAGAGCCAGAUCAUCUAUCCACCCGAGCCUCCGUCGACCUCACCCCUCUUCAGCUUUCCAUACGGCGUUGUCGAGAAGAUGGACNCCCGCGCCCUCAACCACCACGACUCGCACAGUCACUGCACCUGCAAUGGAGACCACCAUGUCGAUGAGAGCGACGAAGAUGAAGAGCUGAUCGCAUAUGACCACCCAAACUACCGCUGGUCCUCCCCCGUCAACGAUGGCUCCAGAGUCGACAGCGUCCAGAGGAAACUCAUGGCAGCAAAGGCCCCUCCAGCCCCGGCAUCUACCGCCUCUUCAGCUGACGGUUACGAAUCAUUCGAGAACACGAGCAACAAGAAGAAGCGCAAGAUUCCUCUUUCUGGCGGUGGCGGUGUCCACCAGUCCAGUCUGUCGCAAGAGUUGGCAAACAUGGGUAUCGCAUCAAGGGAAGAGCACUUGCAGGAUUCGAGGCAGUUGUCAGGCAGUGGACGUGGCAGGUUUGGCAGGCAACACAACGCCUACGCUUCCAGCCUUUCGGCAAAGUCGCGCGGAGGCAACUGGAAGGGCGACGGCACUCGCACCAAACAAGCCGACGGCAUCAUCUCCCAGGCCAUUGCCAGCGCACACCAGGACCAAGACCAGGAAGCCCCGACUACGCCGACCAAGCAGAACAACGAGAGUCUCCUUGCCCGCUCGCCCUCACAAACGACGACACCGCAGACGCAGUUCACCUUUACCUGCGAGUCCGACUCGUCCAACAAGAUGCUCUGGCCCCAGCAACAACCCACUCCUAGUCCAAACUCGAUGCCUCGCUCACCCCUGGCCAACCACUCGGCUUCUCGCUCUCAGCAAACUCAUGUCCCCACUCACACCAACCCUCCUGCGCCGCCUGUACAACCUGUUCAACCACAGCAACAGCCCCGCAAACCUCGCCCUCGCCGCCCCAGCAAGGAAUUUGCCCUUCAAGAACGCCAGCGACGUCUCCAGCAAGAAUACACAAACUACCACACUCGUCCGACACCGGCUUCCAUGUGGAUUUGCGAAUUUUGCGAGUACGAAGACAUCUGGGGUGUCCGUCCCGAAGCUCUGAUUCGUCAGUACGAGAUCAAGGAUCGCAAGGAACGUCAGNAAGGCAGAGGAAAGAAGGCGUCUCUUGGAAAAGGCAAAGCAAAAGAACAGAAAAGGAAAGAAGAACAAUGCAAGGGAAAGCCCGCUCCAGCUCAGACAUAUCCUGAUGAGAACGUCGGUCCUGACGACAGGCAUGAUGAGGAAGACGCGGAGUUUGACGAUGGUUACGAUGCUGUGACCCACACGGCUGAACCCAGAGAUCAUGGAUACGCUGCCGACUACGCCUACGAUCGGCCGCCAAAAGCUCCCGACAAAGACGACCUCCGCCAUGACCAACAGCAUCCGCAGCCCUUGCAGCAGCGAAGGCAGUAG